AUGCAUUCACAAGUCAACUCAUCGAUCGUGCUAGAUGAACGAGAAGAAACGAUCAAGAAGCUAUUGGUGAACUUUUGUGAUGAGUACAAUUCCUAUGUGCCAGAUGCUGACAAGCUAGAAUUGAGGAUUACUGGUGGCUGGGUCAGAGAUAAGCUUCUUGGCAAAGAGAGCCACGAUCUCGAUAUCGCUGUCAAUGUUCUUUCAGGGGAAGAGUUUGCCUCUAAGCUACUUGAGUACACUGAGAAGAAGGGUAUAAAAUUAGGCGCCAAUUCCACAAGCCUUCAUACUAUAAAGAAGAACCCAGAGAAGUCUAAACAUUUAGAAACUUGCACUGCAAGGCUUUUUGGGUUGGAUGUUGACUUCGUGAAUUUGAGGAGUGAACAGUAUACUGAGGAGAGUCGAGUACCGAUAGUUGACUGUGGAACGGCGGAGGAAGACGCGUUGAGACGAGAUGCUACUUUAAAUGCGUUAUUUUACAAUCUCAAUAGAAACAAAGUCGAGGAUUUUACCGGACGAGGUAUUGAGGAUCUAAAGAAUGGUUUACUCAGAACACCUCUUCAGCCGCUCAAAACCUUUGUGGAUGAUCCCUUACGAGUUUUGAGACUUAUACGAUUUGCCGCAAGGUUUGAUUUUGUCAUAGAGCCUGAUACUCUUUCCGCAAUGAAAGAUUCCCAUAUCAGAAGUGCCUUGGUUCAUAAGAUCAGCAGAGAACGUGUGGGUGUGGAAACCGACAAGAUUCUUACAGGCAAUAACGUGAGCUACGGGCUCCGCUUGCUUAAUCAUGUUGGAUUUAGUGAAAGUAUCUUCAACCCAGGUGUCUUGGUAUCUACAGUUAACGAACUUAAUGAUAAAGAUUUGUGUGAGCAAAUUCGACAUUUCGAUAAAAAAGUGUCGUCCCGCAUUGAUGCUGCGACCCAGCAUAUGCGAUCAUUUACUAACUCAGUGAAAAGUGCAAAUGACAUUCCACUUCUUCAGGCCAUUUGGCAAGCUGUUCUGCAAGAUAAGGCAGCAACGAAAGCUUUUUGGCUCUGCGUAAUCUUGGAACCCUACAGUGAAAUCAACGUCAGGCUAAACCCAAGAAAACAGUCACUUACUCACUACCCAGAGGUGAUUCUCAAGGAAGGCUUACGCUUUGGCAAAGCUGAUUACGAUACUGUUAGCAACAUCCUCAAGAAUACUAGUGGCUUCACCACCUUCGACAGGUACUUCGAAAACCCAUCUCAAAUCACCCGCUCUGACCUUGGAUUGUAUAUACGUCAAUAUGGCGACCACUUCCCGUUGUCUGUUGCAUUUGGAGCUUUCAGUGAUUACUUAAAGGGGGUAGAAACCGAGAACCGUACGGCUGAAGUUCCUACGCCAGAUGGCUUGCACUUGCCAUUUAAUGAAACGGCUUUUCAUGAGAUAGCCUUCCAGUAUGAAAGUUUGUUGGAGACGAUCAAGUCUGAAGGUCUCGAAAAAGCCACCGAUUUAAAGCCUGUUGUCGACGGUAAAAUGAUAUCUAAGGCACUCAACAAAAAGCCAGGUCCAUGGAUGAAGGAUGUCACUCUUGAGGUGGUGAGGUGGCAGCUUGAUCAUCCUCACGGCAGCGCCGAAGAAUGCAUCGAACACCUACGUAGUGUUCUUAAUUAG